UUGUGUGCGUGAGUACGUGUGGGUGUCAGUGGUUUAGAGAUGAACCCUGCGAAUUCGAAUUCUUGUUUAUUGCCAUCAAUUUAUUUAUAACAAUACAACAAUACAAGCACGCACAAAAUAUUUGCUUUUCUUAGUGAUUUUUUUUUUUGCAAGAAAAAAAAAAACAAAAUAUUCAUUAACAUCAACAAAUGUGCGAAUUUGGUGGUUGUGCUGAUCAUUUUUGUAUGGCAAAACUAAUUAAAAUGUAUAGCAAACCAAUUUAACAGUGGCAAAUAAACAAAAAAGAAAUAGCAUAACAUAAAUUAUAUACAUACAUAUCAACAUCGAAAAGCAACAACAGUUGCUGUGGCUGAAAUUGCACCUGUUGCUCUCUGUCCUGGUCUCUCUCACAGGGGAAGAUGUAUGCAGGCAAAGAUGGUCUUUGUUUGGGUCUAAUGCUGGGCCUUCUACUAUUGUCAACACAUGGCUGGGCCAGGCCCGAACCGGAGGACAAGACAACGCUUGAGGGCAGGAGAGAUGCCAGUCCUGGAGAUAAUGUUUUGCCAUCAUCCAGCUCAAGAACAGUGGAAAUUGAAGAUACAUUGGAUAGUAAUGGUAGUAGUAGCAUUCCCACAUCAACACAAUUGCAGAAUGCAAGUGAAAUAGAAGCUCAGGCAGUAGAACCUCCUACUACUAUAUCGAUCAGUUCGAGUAGUAGUAGUAGUAGUAGUAGUUCAAGCACAACUAGCACCUCUAGUAGCACUAGUACAACAACAAGCACAACAACAACCACGACAACAACAACUGCGGCUCCUAUGCCAACAUCACCACAACCACCAGCAAUACCAGAAGUUCCAGAAUACAGAAGAAAUUGUUUCUACGCCGAGGAGGAAUUAUGCCUCAAUUGGCACGACGAAUCACAGACAAAUCAGCUCUACAAUGAUGCAUUUGCCGGGGCAUCUGAAACGAAUGAUAUGUCUAGCACUACAGCUGCACCAAACCAUCUCAUGGCCCAGACAAAUGGCAGUCAAUUGGCCUAUGAGCGACCGCUGCCGCCGCGUGAUUCAAACAGCUGUCAAUGCCGGGAACAUCCUGUUCAUGCCAAUUCCUGGUAUUGUUGCAACAUCACCGACAUCUCCAUGAUCUCCAGUUGUGCCAACAUCGUCAAAUGGACAAAUCUCCAUGUACGCAAUCUGACUGUACCCGCCCUCAAUCUAUCGAAUUCCAUUUAUCGCUCUCUUCAAUCCCUGGCCUUCACCGAUGGCAAUAUUAUCCAAUUGACCAACGCCUUUCCACGACAUUCACCCCUCAAGUGCCUGAAUUUCUCGAACAACAAUAUAGACGAAAUCGCAACGCGUGCAGUUAAAGAUGUGCCACAUUUGGAGUUCUUUGGCAUCUCGAAAAAUAAUCUAUCCCGUGUUCCACAUCGCAAUCAAAACAAGAAUAUUGCAUUGGACAUUAGUGGAAAUAUGCGUAUGCUAUGUGAACCCCUCAAUGAGAUCAUCUAUGAUGAUUCAUUCAAUUUCAUCAAUGCGGAUAUAUCAUUCUGUUUAUACAAUGCCACACAUCAGUGGUUCAAUUCCACCGAUUUGGUGUCCGUUAAGCAAUUGGAACGGACCAAGCAAUGCAUCACACGAUGCCCGAUUAUACCCGGAUAUGGAAAUUGUACAUGUAAAUUUGAUCGAAUGAUGCUUGUGGGUAGAGAACAAUCGAAACCCACUUGUGAUGUGGACUGCUCGAAUUUGGGACUUGUCGAAUUGCCACCAAAAUUGCCAGAUAAUACAUUUAUAUUGAAUAUAACUAAUAAUAAAAUUACUAGUUUGGGUGAUUAUUUUCAUACAAAUCCCACAUAUCAUAAUAUUGGCAAAUUGCUGGCGGAUAACAAUCAAAUAUCAUCAAUCUAUGAAUUCGAGGGUACAAAAUUUAUUGAGCAUUUUCAACGCAUUUAUAUGCGCAAUAAUUCAUUGAGCAAGAUACCAGAAUAUUUUCUAAAUAAUGCUCUUAUGGAUACGGAUAUGGGACGUCGCAUUUAUUUGGCUGGUAAUAAAUUGCAAUGCGAUUGCAAUUCAGCUAAAACUCUACAAAAUUGGCUUAAAGAGCGCAGCACUGAUAUACCCGAUUAUAUGGAAAUACGUUGUCGCAAUUUGCCGCAAAGUGUUAUCGAGCUGCAGGAGACAAAGCUAUGCCAAUCGCCACCAGAUUGGACUGAUUAUAUAUAUUAUUUAAUUGCAGCCGAGGUCAUUUUAUUAUUGGCCCUUAUAACCAAAGUAUCCUAUGAUUAUUGGGUAUUCAAAACUGCAGGAUAUUUACCCUGGCCAGCUAGUAAAAUGCCAAAAUUACCCUGCGAUUGGUUGUGCGAGUCCUAAGUCCCAUUAAGUCCCUCCCCCCCACCCCAAGAUCCUCGUAGUCCUUAAGUUAACAAUAUAUCAACAAAAUAUCGUGACACUACAUAUGUACAUAUAUAUACAUAUGUAAAUUAUACAUGACAGGGUGGAAAUCUAUUCCAAUUUUUGAAUAGUGUAAUCAAUGUGCCUUCUAUUAUACCUAUAUAUCUAUAUACUUGAUGUAACUAUAUUUCUAAGAGAAUAAUGUUUGCACAAAUUCAUUUAUACUCAUUCAGUCUGUGCAAUUGUUAUUGAUGAUGUUGUUGUUGUUAAGGAGAUAUAUACAUGAAUGUCUACAUAUAUUAAAACACUCUCUAAAAAAAACCAA